UUUUUUUCUCUCUCUCUCUCUCUCAGCUGAAAGGUUAAACAUAAACCCCAACUUGUGCCGUUCUUUAUAAAAACAAUUUUAAAGGCUGGAAGUAUAUGUGUACUUGUGUGCUUGUACAGGGUGCAGGGCACACAUGUCUGGUGUUGGGAGACUUGAAUGUGACUGCCUAGAAUGCAUGCUUGCUCUGCAGUUUUAUUCCUGUGUCGAGUUAGUAAUUCAUCUGUUUUAUAAGAAUUUUAAGCCCCCCAGAUUCUCCCCCAGCUAAGCAGUCCCCCAGAGAGACUUAGAAACUGAUGCUCAGGUACCCAGCACAAGAGGAAUGGCAAACUAAACUGAAGAAAGAUAUUCUAGACUGAGAACUUUCAACAAAUGAUACCCACAGGCCCGUUUAGAUUUAGAAAUUGCACAGAAUUACCGUGCAUCUAAGAGACUAGAGACUGUGGAAGUGGUGUCCCGGGAACUCUCUAGCUCCCCAGGAGGAACCAGGAUGUCAGAAGUCUUUCAAGCUUCCCAGGCUGUCUCGGUAGCCGACCCUGCCCCAGCCCUGAGUCCCCCUCUUCAGUUCCUCCCCCGAUUCGAUUCGUCAUCCCCUAGUGGCUCCUGCUGCAGCCCUCCCUGGUUGCUUUAUUUAUUUAUUUUGCACCAACGGGGUUGCUGCAGACUCAUUCUGGUUUAAAAAGGGAGAAGAGGAGGGAAAAAAAAAAAAAAAGAAAAGAAAAUGCUUCCUGGCUCUUUUCUCUCCCUUGGUCUUGGCAGCGCGGCCGCAGUAGCGGCAGCAGCAACAGCAGUCUUGCCAGCCGGCGGAUGCGGCAGGCUGCCGGGCAUUGGGGAGUGGGGAGUCAGACACACAGGGGAGGUGGAGAGGCCAAGGUGCUGCUUGGAUGGGACAGGCCUCAGCCCUGGAGAGAUGCAGCGCCCAACUUGAUGCCACCCCCCAGCUUCUCCGGCCUCAGGGGAUGGACGCAGCCACUGCUCCAAAGCAAGCUCGGCUCCCAUGGUCCCCACUCCUUUUCCUGCUCCUCCUGCCUGGAAGGAGCAUCAGUAGCUGCCCUACUGUGUGUGACUGCACCUCCCAGACCCGGGCAGUACUUUGUGCCCAUAGGCGACUGGAUACUAUACCUGGAGGGCUACCACUGGACACAGAACUCCUGGAUAUGAGUGGGAACCGCCUGUGGGGUCUUCAGCGUGGCAUGCUCUCCCGACUGGGCCAGCUCCAAGAACUGGACCUCAGCUACAACCAGCUCUCCACCCUUGAGCCUGGGGCUUUUCAUGGCCUACAAAGUCUACUCACCCUGAGGCUGCAGGGCAAUCGACUGAGAAUUGUGGGACCUGGGAUAUUCUCAGGUCUGUCUGCCCUCAUGCUGCUGGACCUCCGCCUCAAUCAAAUUGUCCUCUUUCUAGAUGGAGCCUUUAGUGAGCUAGGCAGCCUCCAGCAGCUGGAGGUUGGAGACAAUCACCUGGUGUUUGUGGCUCCAGGGGCUUUUGCAGGGCUGGCUAAGCUAAGUACCAUCACUCUGGAACGUUGCAACCUCAGCACAGUGCCUGGACUAGCCCUUGCCCAGCUCCCAGCACUAGUAGCUCUUAGGCUUCGAGAACUGGAUAUUGAGAGGCUGCCAGCUGGGGCACUUCGAGGGCUAGGGCAGCUAAAGGAGCUGGAGAUCCACCACUGGCCAUCCCUGGAGGCCCUGGACCCAGGGAGCCUGGUCGGCCUCAAUCUGAGCAGCCUAGCCAUCACCCGCUGCAAUCUGAGCUCAGUACCCUUCCAAGCACUACACCACUUGAGCUUCCUCCGAAUCUUGGAUCUAUCUCAGAAUCCUAUCUCAGCCAUCCCAGCCCGAAGGCUCAGCCCCCUGGUAAGGCUCCAGGAACUCAGGCUGUCAGGGGCCUGCCUCACCUCCAUCGCUGCCCAUGCCUUCCACGGCCUGACUGCCUUCCACUUGCUGGAUGUAGCAGACAAUGCUCUUCAGACUCUAGAAGAAACAGCCUUCCCUUCUCCAGACAAACUGGUCACCUUGAGGCUGUCUGGUAACCCCCUAACCUGCGAUUGCCGCCUCCUCUGGCUGCUCCGCCUCCGCCGCCGCCUGGAUUUUGGCACAUCCCCCCCUGCUUGUGCUGGGCCCCAGCAUGUCCAGGGGAAAAGCCUAAGGGAAUUUUCAGACAUUCUGCCUCCAGGCCACUUCACUUGCAAACCAGCCCUAAUCCGAAAGUCUGGGCCUCGAUGGGUCAUUGCAGAGGAGGGAGGGCAUGCUGUUUUCUCCUGCUCUGGAGAUGGGGACCCAGCCCCCACUGUUUCCUGGAUGAGACCUCAGGGGGCUUGGCUAGGAAGGGUUGGGAGAGUAAGGGUGCUAGAGGAUGGUACCUUGGAGAUCCGUUCGGUGCAGCUGCGGGACAGGGGGGCCUAUGUCUGUGUAGUCAGUAAUGUCGCUGGGAAUGACUCUCUGAGGACCUGGCUGGAAGUUAUCCAAGUUGAGCCACCAAAUGGCACUCUGUCUGACCCCAACAUCACUAUGCCAGGGAUCCCAGGGCCCUUCUUUCUGGACAGCAGGGGUGUGGCUAUGGUGCUAGCAGUGGGUUUCCUCCCCUUCCUCACCUCAGUGACCCUCUGCUUUGGUUUGAUUGCUCUUUGGAGUAAGGGCAAGGGCCGGGUCAAGCACCACAUGACUUUUGAUUUUGUGGCACCUCGGCCCUCUGGGGACAAGAACUCUGGUGGUAAUCGGGUCACUGCCAAGUUAUUCUGACCUUUCCAUCCACACUGAAGACCACCCAAGACCACUUUAGAAGUCAAACGGAAAGGGAGGACUAAGGUCUCUUGAACCUCAGCUUCAGGCCAAACAGCACAGCCUCCCACACCUGCUGCCUGCAUUAUGACUGCUGUUCUAGUCUGAGCAUGGCCCCAUGCAUCUUCUCUGAGAGUCCCAGGGAACUGCAGAUACAGACCUUAUCGUCAGCACAUCCCCCGACCGCAGGUACCCACUCACACAAGGCAGGAAAGCUACACAAGGCUCCAGUCUGCUCUCCAUGUAUGUAUAUCCUCUAAUAGCCAGGACAAGUUGCCAAACACAACCAUAAGAUUAUCUCGGAAGUGGAGCUGGGAAGCACCUCCAGCUUCUUAGAGUCUGCUCAUCAGGCAGGCAGGCAGGCAGGCUCCCUUUCUUCUCUGCUACCGGGUACCCAAUCUAGCCAGGGCCCUUAGGUACAGGAAGGGAUUCCAGCCAAGGAUUCCAGUGGAUGCAGGGGAAUAUGGCCUGACUACACUCUGGCACUCAGCCUGCAGGAGCCUCCACCACCUUCCUGACUGUCAACAGUCACCGCAGUGGCAGAGAGAAUCCAACAUGAUCUCUGGAACUUCAUUUACUUCCAUCUACUUCUUCCUCUUCCUCCCAUUUCAGCCAUCGGUCAUCUAGCCUCUACCUCACCAAGCCUGGCACAGAAGGUGAGGAGGCCCAGGAGGCCUACAGAGGUCAGCACUCCUCACCCCCUUGGUCUGCAUCCUUUCCCCCUUCCUCUCCUCUCUAGAGACAAAGAAGGCAAGAUUCUGCCAUCUUUGAAGGGAUCCCUACACAGAACUCUCCUAUUUCACAUCUUCUGCCAUUCCCAGUGUUGUGUAUCCCAGGCAUGCUUGGCAAGGGGAAAGCCAGAGGGGAACUACUAGGG